GAGCCGGGAGCCGGAUACUUUUUUGACAACUGACAUUUCAUGUUUGCGGUGAACGUGUGUAGCACGUUUCUUUAAUUAUUUUUAAAUCAAAACAUGCAGUAAAUUCUAUUUCUGCAGCUCGGAUAUCUUUACAGUUAUUGUUUUUCUUUAGUUUGCUUCAAAGCCGACGUCAAUACAUUUUUAUCUGCUUUUAACUCUCAAAUAUUACAUAAUGGCUGAGUCUUCCCCAUGCAAAUGUGAACCACACAGUCUGGCGGGUAAGGAGGGCCUUCUCCUCGGAAUCGGGAACCCGCUGCUGGACAUCUCCGCGACGGUGAGCGAGUCGCUGCUGCAGAAGUAUGACUUGAAGCCUGAUGACGCCAUCAUGGCUGAGGCUAAGCACAUGCCGCUAUACAAGGAACUCACUGAGAAAUACAAGGCAGAGUUCAUUGCGGGGGGCAGCGUGCAGAACUCUCUGCGGGUGGCGCAGUGGAUCCUGAAGCAGCCCCGCCUCAGCACAUACUUCGGUUGUGUCGGCAAUGACGACUAUGCCAACAUUCUGCGGGAUAGAGCUGUCGCAGAAGGCGUGAUAGUCCAGUACCAAGUCACGGAGGCGGCCCCGACGGGCACGUGCGCGGUGCUGGUCACAGACACGCACCGCUCGCUCUGCGCCAACCUCGCGGCCGCGGAGAAGUUCACCCCGGAGCAUCUAGCUAGCGAUGACAGUAAGGCCUUGAUACAGAAGGCGCAGGUUGUUUAUACUUCUGGUUUCUUCAUCGCGGUCUCCCCCGAGUCGAUCCUGCAGCUAGCUGCGCACGCGCACGAGCACAAGCUCACGUUCGCCAUGAACCUGAGCGCGCCCUUCGUGUCGCAGUUCUUCAAGGAGCCGCUGGAGAAGCUGCUGCCCUAUGUGGACGUGCUGUUCGGGAAUGAGGCGGAAGCGGAAGCAUUCGCGAAAGCGUUCUCAAUCAAAGAGACGAACAUCACCGCCAUCGCGCAAGAGAUCGCGAAGCUGCCCAAACUCAACGAGGCGCGCCCGCGCGUGGUGGUCAUCACCCAGGGCUGUGACCCCGUCGUGCUGAUCGAGGACCACGCCGUCAAACACAUACCCGUAACUAAACUAGCUAGGGAACAAAUUGUAGACACAAACGGAGCCGGCGACGCUUUCGCCGGAGGCUUUUUAGCACAAAUGCUCCUCGGUAAAGACUAUUCCACGUGCGUCAAAUGCGGCAUUUUCGCCGCCACGCAUAUUAUACAGCAUUCCGGGUGCACCUUCGAUGGAGAGUCGACUUUUAAGGUGGACAGCUAAGGCGAGGUGUUGAUUGAUUGUCGGGGAAUCUUGACUGUGUCGCUUUUUGAUGAUAGGAAUUGGUGUCCGGCUGAUGUGAGAAAUUGAGGCUUAGCUAGUUUGAGUAGUUAAAGUAACUUAGCUAUACACUCAACUAUAC